AUGUCCUCAGCGUCGUCGACGGUGUCGGACCCACCACCAUCGUACUCCAGCCAAGCCAACAACGCCAACGCGGCCUCUGAUCCCGCUUCGAGAGACUCUGACCGGAAGUCUGUCAAGUCCAUAUCGCCUACCGUGACAACCACUGGAGAGAGCAGAUCAUCUCGUCAUAAGAGACACUCCACCGCUUCCUCAAAGCACGUUAUAGACAUCAAAGUGGAUACGAGCGACCAGGGACGCAAGGCUCCACACAAGAGACACUCGACUCAUUCUAGCUCCUCGCGGAAGGAAGAUAAUAAGGCAGAUGCUGCUGAACAUACACACGAGCAAGUCCGUCGCUCAACGUAUGGCCCCGAGUUUUUGAAGCAGCUCGCUGAGAAGGGCUUGAGCGAUGAUACGACGGACGCCACAGGCGGAGGAAAGUUCAAGCUGGUGACGGGGUCUGAAGCUAUGUCAAUCUUGGAGAACUAUGUCGAAGAGAAGAAAGAACGCGCCUCGUCCAGAGACGAGAAUAAACAUAACCAUGCCGACACUGUUAAGACACCACAGCAGCAGCCGAUAGUCUUCGCCUUCACUGCAUCUGAUGGCGCGCGGAAAGUCGUUGAUUAUUAUAUGACUUGGAAAGGAAAGACGGGAACACGACAGCUUAAAGGACCAGAGCGUAAAAGCGGCUUUUUAGAUGAAGAAUUUAACCGCGUUACGGAGACUCUCGACAAGGAGUAUAAACGCCUCUCGGUUCUCAGCAUGGAACCUCCCAACCUCCUCCCUCAGCAGACCUCUCAGCUACCCCCGGUGACGCCUCAAGCUCUCGAAGUGGUUAAUGAACUACCUACCGUGGAGUCCGCUUCACCGGCCAAGCAUAUCCCCCCGCCGAUAAACCCUCCCAAACCUAGCGACACUGUAGAACCCGCGCGUCUGAGUGCGUCAAGCGUGGUAUCUCUACCACUGCUAAACAUGAUUCGUGGCGUCCCUCUGGGAAAUCGACUCCCGCUGUAUGUAACGAACCCCGAUCCAGCAAGUUCCACAACAUCUUCUGUUCGCGGUUCAAUCGUAGACGCCGGCGGACAAGGAAAGGACCUCUCCGAGGCUGUUACUGAGGCGUUGACUCGGCCCAAGACACCAGUCUCACGAUCGCCGUCUGAGCCUUCAAGCGAAGACAGCUCCAAGACUGAGAAGUCUGAAAAAUCCUCACGCAAACACAGAGCCUCGCCUACGAAUAAGUCUCCGACGGCUCCUAAAGAUGACAAGUCUUCUGAAAUCUUGAUUGUUCUGGUUGACGAAAAGAGCGAUCAUACUUGGCACGGACUUGAACGCAAGCUUACUCGGAAGAGCACUAAGUCUUCUACACGCACCGCCUCGGGCGAACGGUACUCUCCCUGGCUCGGACCAUUGGUUGCUGCGAAUAAAGUGACCUAUCGCCGCCCGUCGCGUAGGGGGAUCAGACCGCUCCGCAGGCACUCGAUGCAAACCGAUGACUCUUCGUCCUUGUCUCCGUCAUCAUCCGACGAAGAUGAUUUUGAAGGUGACGAUAAUUGGAAAGGCCCGGCGUACCCAUCGUUCCCGGUUGUACCGGCCUACCCGAUAAAGUCCUAUCUGAUCAACGAGGGCUUACUCCCCCCAGAGCAAUCGGGGGAAAAGCCCGUGACCCUCCGGCCUCUCGACAGGAGCCUCAGUAACGGGUCGAGAAGCAUGGCCAGUUCUGUGUAUUCCUACCACAGUCCCUAUGUCACGCCCGUUGAUAUGCCCGGUCUCGUGGGCUCUGCUACAUCCCUCAAUGGUUAUCCCCGUGGUCCCCCGUCGACUGCUUCUUAUGCUCCGUCCUACGCAUCCUAUGUCCCCGCUGUUCAACCUUCAAUCGUGUCAAUGCCUAUGAGCCCUCCCGUUCAAACCGGCCAGAUGCCAGGCUUCGCGCACACAGGCUCCCCGGUCCAAGUGCCUGGAUAUAUGAGCAUGCCGAACUCUCCCUACGCCCGUGCCGGUUCAGUGUAUGAUUAUUUGCCUGGUGGGUUCGUCCCAUACCAUUAA